AUGGCUCCCUACCUCAACGAGACCGAGCGCACCACCUCGAGCAGUGCUCAGGCUCCUCUCUUCACCGUCCAGUCUCCUAAUGUCACAUACUCUGACGAUGCGAUCCUCAGCAAGUAUGUCUACCGUCAGACAAAGGUGACCAAGUCAUCCAACGGUGGCUAUGUUGCUACACCCAAGGAGACUGUGUAUGACUUCAAGGUCGAACGCAAAGUUGGCAGAGUCGGCAUGAUGCUUGUCGGCAACAACGGAUCUACCGUGACUGCUGGUAUCAUUGCCAACCGUCAAGGUCUCUCGUGGGAUACCCGUGAGGGCAAGCAGUCAGCAAACUAUUACGGCUCUAUGGUCAUGUCGUCAACAGUCAAGCUCGGCACCGACUCAGACACUGGCAAGGAGAUCUAUGUUCCCUUCAACGAGCUUCUGCCCAUGGUCGACCCCAACGAGCUCGUCAUCGGGGGUUGGGACAUCAGCGGUAUGAACAUCGCCGAGUCCAUGGACAGGGCUGGAGUCCUUGAGCCAACCUUGAAGCAAAUGGUCCGCAAGGAAAUGGCACAGAUGGUUCCCCUCCCCAGUAUCUACUACCCUGACUUCAUCGCUGCCAACCAGGAGUCAAGAGCAGACAACAUCCUUGAGGGCUCCAAGGCAUGCACUGAGCAUCUUGAGAAGAUCAGAGCAGACAUUCGCGAGUUCAAGUCCAAGCAUAGCCUUGACAAGAUCAUCGUCCAAUGGACUGCCAACACAGAGCGUUACGCCGAAAUCCUCCCCGGUAUCAACGACACAGCAGACAACCUUCUUCAGUCCAUCGCUUCAGGCCACCCCGAGAUUGCUCCCUCCACAAUUUUCGCAACCGCUUGUAUCCUCGAAAACGCACCCUUCAUCAACGGUUCGCCCCAAAAUACCUUUGUUCCCGGUGUCAUCGCCUUGGCUGAGAAGCACUCUGCCUUCAUCGGCGGUGAUGACUUCAAGUCCGGACAGACCAAGAUGAAGUCCGCCCUGGUCGAUUUCCUCAUCAAUGCAGGUAUCAAAGUCAAGUCCUUGGCUUCUUACAACCAUCUCGGAAAUAACGACGGUAGAAACCUUUCCGCGCCUUCUCAAUUCAGAUCAAAGGAGAUUUCAAAGUCCAAUGUCGUGGAUGACAUGGUUGCUGCCAACCACAUCUUGUACGAGGAGGAUGAACACCCCGAUCAUACUGUUGUAAUCAAGUACAUGCCCAGCGUUGGAGACAACAAGAGAGCUCUGGACGAGUACUACGCUGAGAUCUUCAUGGGAGGUCACCAGACCAUCAACAUGUUCAACAUCUGUGAAGACUCGCUCUUGGCCUCGCCGCUGAUCAUCGACUUGGUCUUGAUCGCUGAGCUCAUGACCAGAGUCCAAUGGAGAGAAAACAGCGUCGACGAUGCAGAGUUUAAGGGCUUCCACUCUGUUUUGAGUGUAUUGAGUUACAUGCUCAAGGCCCCUCUCACUCCUCCUGGUACUCCUGUCGUCAAUGCCCUGAGCAAGCAGAGAAAUGCUUUGGUCAAUAUCUUCCGUGCUUGCGUUGGUCUUGAGCCUGAGAACGACAUGACACUUGAGCACAAGUUGUUCUAA